AUGGUGGAGAGCUGUGACUAUGGAAAAGAUCAAAUAAAUGAUGAAGUGAAGUCAGUGAUGGAGGGAGAUUCUGUUACUCUACACACUCAUAUUAAAUUACAGAAAGAUGAUCUGAUCGAGUGGAGUUUUGGACCUGAAGGGUCUCUCAUAGCUGAAAUCAAUGAAGGAGCAAAUAAGAUGUCAAUAUAUGCUGAUGUUCUUGAUGGGAGAUUCAGAGACAGACUGCAGGUGAAUAAUCAGACUGGAGAUCUCACCAUCACAAACAUCACAACUCAACACACUGGACUUUAUCAAGUAACCAUCACCAGAGGGAAGAUCUCAUCACCCAGAUUCAAUGUUACUGUCUAUGCUUGUCUGCCCGUUCCUGUCAUCACCAGAGACUCUUCACAAUGUUCAUCAUGUGUGUUAUUGUGUUCAGUGAUAAAUGUGACAGAUGUCAGAGAUGUGAGUCUGUCCUGGUACAAAGGAAACAGUUUAUUGUCCAUCAUCAGUGUGUCUGAUCUCAACAUCAGACUCUCUCUACCUCUGGAGGUUGAAUAUCAGGAUAACAACUCAUACAGCUGUGUGGUGAAUAAUACCAUCACAAACCAAACUCAACAUCUCAACAUCACUCAACUCUGUCAGAUGUGUUCAGAUUUGGAAAUACAU